CGGCGUAUCGUCGUGGACCUGCCGAGGUCGACCCUCGUGAGCCCGCGGUCGGCCUACGAACCCUUCGAUCCUCCAGCAUCACGCAAAACAGAGAGAGAGGCUUUGCAGGCCCUGCUGAGGGCCGACCCUUCCCAGAGGAACGAGGACUUUAUCCAAUUCGAGCUCGACGACUUCGCCUGCUACAUGAACAGCGACCAAUCCCCAUGUGAAAUGCGCGGUCUCCACGAUCACGCUACUCGUACUGGCAAACAGGCUUUCUAUUUCGAUGGCACCUUGCGCAUCGGUGACGCCGCUUAUUUGGUUCAGGGAGUCGAGUUCGACCAAAUUCCUUUGGGCAACUACGGCAAGGACCCCGAUACAGGAUGUUACGAGCCUGCCGUGGGCGACCAGAUGUGGAUACGCUCCCAACUCAACGCGAGGAGGGAGAUUUACUAUCAGCUCAAGCGCCCCGCCCCUGAAUAUGCCAGAUUUCACGAGGCUUUCUUGUGGGUUGCUGACCUUGCGAAGCACAUGUUUGACUUCUGUGAACAUCUUUUGGAAGACGGCCGCGAUGUCUGCCUUCGCAACUUCAAGGAAGACUUUGGCAAGUGGCUGCGACAGGUUCACCAGGGCAGCCGUUCCUUCCUCAAGUGGUACAGCCAGCGCAAGAGUGACGACUUCCGCCAGAGUAUCAUCGCGAACAAGCCGUUCCUUCGCAAGGAGAUGCAUGGUACUUUCGAUCGAUACCAAUUGGAGCGCCUACACAUCUUCCGAGAGAUCGCAGAGCCCUUUGACUUUUACAAAGGUGUAGGGACCAUGCGAAAGACCAACAUCAUACCACACACCAUUGUCACGCCCUACAUAUACGAAUGCUUUUCGCGCCUGCGGUUAGCAGGACUCCUGAAGCCGGUGAAGCCUUGCAUCAGUGCCGAGGAAGCCACCAGGCUGUCUUGGGGCAACGACCGGACGAGGCGCCUCGCUUUCACUCGGACCGCACCUGCUUCAACCAAUCGCAAUUCCUUGGUCAGCGGCAUCUGCCCGGGGGAUCUUAUUUCCACGCCGCCGGAUGCCGAGGAGUCUGGCACAAAGUGGAUGACAGACCGUCCAGACAAGAAGUGGUACGGUCUUGUGCAGAAGGUGCACACUACGAAAAAGGGCGGGCGGCGAUACGAUGUCAUUUGGCUCUACCAGCCCGAGGAUACGCCUUGCUGCUCGAUGAAGUAUCCGUGGCCCAACGAGCUGUUCUUAAGCGAGCACUGCACGUGCGACCAAAGCGUGACGUCCAAGAUCGGAGAGGGUCAAGUCCUCGACGUCCAUUCUGUGGAGUGGUUUGGAAGUCCAGACACAGAAGCUGAAUUCUUCGUCAGACAGACCUACCACACCGCUGAGCGAAGAUUUGUUACUCUCGAGGAGGCUCAUCUGCAGUGCAACCACGACAAUGAGCCCGCGACAGAAUAUACCAUUGGGGAUACAGUGCUCGCCUCGACUCCUAACAGUCGCUUUCUCGAGCCAUGCGAGCUGCUGGGCUAUUUGGACCGAAACCGAAGCGUCCUGCUGCGAAGGUUCAGGAGACGGAGGGAGUUCGAUGUUGUCUGUGCUCCCAACGAACUGGUCUAUACAGCGAACGCAGAGGACGAAUUGCACUUGUCGGUUAAUGCUCUGGCUACAAGAUGUAUCGUGCGAUGCUACCCUCCUGGGGAGCCGCUUCCUGCGCCAUACAAUCGAAAUGGAACCGGCAAUGCCUUCUUUGUGUCCCACUGCCUGCUUCAGGACGGUUCCCUUCAACCACUGGGGCAGAACAACCAGCCACACUUCCGCCAAGGCUUUGACCCGAACCAGGCGCAAAAGAGGCUCCGAGGCAUGGAUCUCUUCUGUGGAGGUGGCAAUUUUGGCCGUGGUCUUGAGGACGGUGGUGCUGUGGAGGCGAAUUGGGCCAACGAUAUCUCCAAGGAGGCUAUUCACACCUAUAUGGCCAAUACCAAGGAACCCGAUUCUGUUCAGCCGUUUCUGGGAUCCAUAGACGAUUUACUUCUCAGUGGGAUAGAAGGUAAGUUUAGCGCUGCGGUCCCACGACCAGGAGAGGUAGACGUGAUCUCAGGUGGGAGCCCUUGCCCGGGGUUUUCGCUCAUAACGUCCGACAAGACGACACUGCAUCAAACCAAGAAUCGCUCUCUGGUGGCUUCUUUCGCUUCUUGCGUCGACUUCUGGCGUCCGCGGUGGGGAAUCCUCGAGAACGUCAGGACGAUUGUCCAGAGCAUGAGGAAUCGCACAGAAGACUUCUUCUCCCAGCUCAUCUGUGCGCUGGUAGGCAUGGGCUAUCAGUGUCAGAUCAUCCUCGGCGAGGCCUGGUCGUAUGGCUGUCCCCAGAGACGAGUCCGCGCGUUCCUCUACUUCGCGGCUCCUGGUGUGAGCCUUCCAAAGCCGCCUUACCCAUCGCACUCGACCCCAGCGUUCGAAUACCGACUUGGCAGCCGCCUGGGCCAGAUGACGAACGGCGAACCGUAUGUCGAGCGCAUUGAUAGACCUACCGCCUUUGAGUACGUGACGGCCAGUAAAGCCACGGCGGACCUGCCGGAUAUUCUCGAUGCGAAACCAGACACUUGUAUACCCUUCCCAGACCACAGGCUGUCGAUUUCGAUAUCGUCCGGCGACCAGCGUAACCGGCGUCGGCUGGGCGAGGGUAAAAACAGGCGCACGCAAGUCUUUAAUAUCCCUAUCAGACCCUAUGGGGUGAACUUUUCCAAGGCGUACUACACCACGAAGACUCCCGAGGGCGAGGCGGAUAUGUUUGAGCACGAGCGUGACGCGUUCCCGCCGGCACAUUUUCACCGGACCAAGAAGGAUUCCAAGGGCUGGGGCCGCGCCCACCCCCAUAGACUGUUUGGCACGGUCACGACGGGCUGCCACAUGACGGAUGCCCGUAUCGGGGGCAAUCUCAUGCACUGGGACCAGCCGCGGCCGCUAUCGAUCAUGGAGAUCCGGAGGGCGCAAGGCGUGCCGGACGACGAGGUCGUGCUGGGCGCUCCGGCGGACCAGUGGAAGAUGCUUGGCAACGCCGUUGCGAGGGGCAUCAGUAUGGCGCUCGGGCUGGCGCUGCGGGAGGCGGCUAUGGGCACGCUGUAUGAAGAUGCGCAUGUG